AGCUUCAAAUACCAAAUAUUUCCAUUAUUGGUUAACAGAAUCUCAAACAUCUCAUCCAUCAUCUGAUCCUUUGCUUCUUUGGCUCAACGGUGGGCCAGGUUGCUCAUCAGUAGGUGGUUUGAUUGAAGAGCUUGGACCUUUCCAUAUUGCCGAUUUCGGUAACACAGUUUACUUGAACCCCAGUUCAUGGAACAAGUUCGCUAAUGUCUUAUUCAUUGAAUCUCCAGCUGGUGUUGGAUACUCAUAUGCCACUAACGAUGACAUCAAAACAAACGAUGAUGAAGUUGCUCAGAAUAACUAUGAUGCUCUACUUCAAUUCCUUAUCAAGUUCCCUGAAUACAGAGGAAGAGAGUUCUAUAUUACUGGAGAAUCAUAUGCAGGCAUCUAUUUACCAACCUUAGGUUUCAAAAUCAUCCAAGAUAAGACAAACUUCCCCAACUUCAAGGGUAUGGCUAUCGGUAACGGAGUUUUGAACGUACAUAACAACUACGACACUAUGAUCCCUCUAUACUACUAUCACGGAGUCUUGCGUGACGAGCUUUACAACAAGAUCAAGUACAACUGCUGCAACGGAAGCAUUGAGGGUUGUGAUAUCUAUGGACUGUUCCAUCACUCAACCUGCCGUGAACCUGUUUUGGAAGCUUUACAAGGAACAGAUGACCUUGAUCCAUACAAUCUUUACCAUGCUUGUUACUUGUCUGGAGAUCAAAGCAUGAAGCGUAACUUCAUCGAUAGAAACCUUCGCAGACGAUUCGGCUUACCAGUCCGUAAACAACUGUCAAGCGCGGCUGCUUCUUCUGUUCCACUUUGUGCCCAAACAGAAAACACUGCCACUUGGUUGAAUAAGGCUGAAGUUCGUAAAGCUCUACACAUCCCUACCUCUAUCAAGAAGUGGUAUGAUUGCAAUGAUGUAGUCAAUGGUUUGUUCAAGACAACACAUCUGGACAUGACGAUGGAAGUAGAAGCCAUUAAUGCCGCUGGAGUCAGAGUUUUGAUCUAUAACGGAGAUGUUGAUACUGUUUGCAAUCUUGCUAUGAACCAACAGUUCGUUACUGCUCUUAACAGAACCAUCAUCGGAAAAGAACGUGUCAACGAACCAUGGUUCUAUAAUGGAGAGACUCCAAACGUAGCUGGAAUGCAAACCAAAUACUCAGGAAAUUUGGAUUUCUUGACCGUUCGAGGCAGUGGCCACUUCGUUCCAGAAGACAAGCCAAGAGAAGCUCUUCAAAUGAUCUACAACUUUGUCAAACAAAGAGAUUACUCAACAGCUGUCCCAACUAACUUUAAUUAA